AGAUAAGGUGGGGCAAAGAGAGAGAGGGAGAGCGAGCGGCAAUGAGAAAGACAACACAGAGAAGCGAAAAGCAAGGGAAGAUAAAAGAGAGGGUGGCUGCUGCAUCAACCUGCAUCCCAGAUACUCAGUAUGAACAUGUCCAGCAGUUCUGCUAUGAUCCAGCAAAUCUAUCCCUUCCAUGAUGGCUGGAACAUUGCCUGCUUCAUCAUCAUACUUCUCUUCAUCCUCACCAUCCUCUCCCUCGCCACGCUGGCGUUCCUCUAUGAACUUCUGGACUGCGGAUGCUUCAGCAAGACCAAAACAGUCCGUGAUCUGCGACGCCGGCCAGAAGAGGUGGUUUAGCUGUAACCACGGUGACAGUUACCAUAGGUAACUGUUACCAUAGGAACCGCAGAAGUAAAUUGGUCGAAAAAUAGCAGAUUUGGACAGGGCUCUUUGCCUAAUCUAAUUUCCUUUAAAAACGCACUGCACAUGUAUAAAAGCAAUCCACCCCAACACGAUCCGACAGCAAUAGAUGGAACCGAUCUGUAAAUAUAAGAUUUUAUUCAAAAAAAGGGAGGAACUUGCUUGUGUGUUUCUGUGCAUGUCAAUGUGUCCUCUAUAUAUGAUCUGCAUUCAGUAUUCCAGUAAUAUUGUGUGAUGACUAUAUAACACUGUUAAAUUGAUGUGUUUCCAUGAAAAAUUCCCUUUGUGUGGGAUGACAAACAGUUUACAUGUCAGUAUUGUGGAAUUCAUAAGCUACAUAUAUGAUUCAACUCCAUAUGAUUCAAAUAUUCACACCCUGUGGUUAGGGUAAAGAGAAUUUGUAUAUGUAUGUUUAUAAUCACUGUUAGGCAAGUUCAAAUGUGGUAAAAACUGUUAUAUAUCUUCAAGCACACUGACGGCCAAUUGAUGCAUCUUUGUAAAUGCCUUAAAAUGUGUAUUUAAAAUUAUAUGACAAAAAUCAAACAAGCACAAUGAGGUGUGGUUUCCAUUAGAAUCAAGAUCUGAGAUCUCAUUAUAUGAGGAAUCAAACUUUUCUGCACCCUCACUACAGUCAAUGUGUUCAGCAUCACUAUACAUCUUUGCUAACAAGUUUUAAACAAACACUUCUCUGGAAAAUGACAUUAGACUGUAAUUUACUCACCCUCGUGUAGGGGUGUAACAAUACUUCGUAUUACGAUAUUUCGCGAUGCAAAAAUGUUACGAUGCGCAUCGUAGAGAGAUGGGGAUAUUUUACGAUAUGUUUAAUUCUAUUCGUUCAGCGGUCAAGACGCGGCCUACUCUGCGCCAGCGCGUCACGUGUGCUUAUCUCACAUAUGCGGUAGAGAGAGAAGCACAAUCUGUGUCUCCAAGUGGUUUACUUUUUUCCUUCACAAUCGCCGUUCAAACACAGCAAACUUGAAGCCUGACUGCAGGCGAGUCACCCCAAAACUCAUUACAAAGGCAGCACAAACGUUUUUAAAUGCCAAUGUUAAUUUAUCCGCUAACGUGAGCUGCUGCAUAACGUGAUAUGCAACAUAAAGUAAGCCAAAAGAAACCAGCACUGUUCCGAUCAGAGAAGCGAUGAAGUGAGUCGUACUGUAUAUUAAAAGAUCGAAUGACAUGCUAAAAAACAAGCAUGUGAUUUGCAGGAUUGAAGAAAUGUAAUACAGUUUAUGUAAUAUGUCUUUUUGAUAUGGAAGCAUAUUGGUUGCAAUAUUCAAUUUG